AUGACGGCCUCCCGCCUGGACUUUGGGGAGGUGGAAACUUUCCUGGACAGGCACCCAGAGUUGUUGGAAGAUUACCUGAUGCGCAAGGGGAAGCAGGAGAUGGUGGAGAAGUGGAUGCGGAGGCACGGGCAGGGUCAGGGGGCGGUAGGCCCGAGGCCCACCCCGGCCGCCGACACGAGCGGUGGCGGAGGCAGCGGCGGCCUUGGCGGUGGCCCGAGACCCGACGGCCCUGCCAGCAGCCAGCCCACCCCGGGCGGUGGGGACUGUAGGGGGGGCCCCAUGGGCCCCAGCUGGGCCAGUGGCAGCCGGGGCGAUGGGAGCCUGCAGCGGAGAGCUUCUCAGAAAGAGCUGAGGAAGAGUUUUGCCCGCUCCAAGGCCAUCCACGUCAACAGGACCUACGACGAACAAGUGACCUCCCGGGCCCAGGAGCCCCUGAGCAGUGUGCGGCGGAGGGCGCUUCUCCGGAAGGCCAGCUCCCUGCCCCCCACCACCGCCCACAUCCUCAGUGCCCUGCUGGAGUCGCGGGUGAACCUGCCUCAGUACCCCCCUACGGCCAUGGACUACAAGUGCCACCUCAAAAAGCACAACGAGCGACAGUUCUUCCUGGAGCUGGUCAAGGAUAUCUCCAAUGACCUUGACCUUACCAGUCUGAGCUACAAGAUCCUCAUCUUCGUCUGCCUCAUGGUGGACGCAGACCGCUGCUCUCUCUUCCUGGUGGAAGGGGCGGCUGCUGGCAAGAAGAGCCUGGUCUCCAAAUUCUUUGAUGUGCACGCAGGGACCCCACUGCUGCCCUGCAGCAGCACGGAAAACUCAAACGAGGUGCAGGUCCCCUGGGGCAAAGGUAUCAUUGGUUAUGUCGGGGAGCAUGGAGAGACGGUCAACAUUCCUGAUGCCUACCAGGAUCGAAGAUUCAAUGACGAAAUCGACAAACUAACUGGGUACAAGACGAAGUCGUUACUGUGCAUGCCUAUCCGAAGCAGUGAUGGCGAGAUCAUCGGCGUGGCCCAAGCCAUCAACAAGAUUCCUGAGGGAGCCCCAUUUACCGAAGAUGACGAAAAAGUCAUGCAGAUGUAUCUUCCAUUUUGUGGAAUUGCCAUAUCUAAUGCUCAGCUCUUUGCUGCCUCAAGGAAAGAAUAUGAAAGAAGCAGGGCUUUGCUAGAGGUGGUUAAUGACCUCUUUGAAGAACAGACCGACCUGGAGAAAAUUGUCAAGAAAAUAAUGCAUCGGGCCCAAACACUGUUGAAAUGUGAACGCUGUUCUGUUUUACUCCUGGAGGACAUCGAAUCACCAGUGGUGAAGUUUACCAAAUCCUUCGAACUGAUGUCCCCAAAGUGCAGUGCUGAUGCUGAGAACAGUUUCAAAGAAAGCAUGGAGAAAUCAUCGUACUCCGACUGGCUAAUAAAUAACAGUGUUGCCGAGCUGGUGGCUUCCACGGGCCUUCCAGUGAACAUCAGUGAUGCCUACCAGGAUCCCCGCUUUGAUGCCGAGGCUGACCAGAUAUCUGGUUUUCACAUAAGAUCGGUUCUCUGCGUCCCUAUUUGGAACAGCAACCACCAAAUAAUUGGAGUGGCUCAAGUGUUAAAUAGACUCGAUGGAAAACCUUUCGAUGAUGAUGAUCAACGACUUUUCGAGGCUUUUGUCAUCUUUUGUGGCCUUGGCAUCAACAAUACAAUUAUGUAUGAUCAAGUGAAGAAGUCAUGGGCCAAGCAGUCUGUGGCUCUUGAUGUGCUAUCUUAUCAUGCAACAUGUUCAAAAGCUGAAGUUGACAAGUUUAAGGCAGCCAACAUCCCCCUGGUGUCAGAACUUGCCAUCGACGACAUACACUUUGAUGACUUUUCUCUCGACGUUGACGCUAUGAUCACGGCUGCUCUUCGGAUGUUCAUGGAGCUGGGGAUGGUACAGAAAUUCAAGAUUGACUAUGAGACACUGUGUAGGUGGCUUCUGACAGUAAGGAAGAAUUACCGAAUGGUUCUGUACCACAACUGGAGACACGCCUUCAACGUGUGCCAGCUGAUGUUCGCCAUGUUGACUACCGCCGGGUUUCAAGAGAUUCUGACCGAGGUGGAAAUUUUAGCGGUGAUUGUGGGAUGCCUGUGUCAUGACCUCGACCACAGGGGAACCAACAAUGCCUUCCAAGCUAAGAGCGGCUCUGCCCUGGCCCAACUCUACGGAACCUCUGCCACCUUAGAGCACCACCAUUUCAACCAUGCAGUGAUGAUCCUUCAGAGUGAGGGUCACAACAUCUUUGCUAAUUUGUCCUCCAAGGAAUACAGUGACCUUAUGCAGCUUUUGAAGCAGUCAAUACUGGCAACAGACCUCACGCUGUACUUUGAGAGGAGAACAGAAUUCUUCGAACUUGUCAGUAAAGGAGAAUAUGAUUGGAACAUCAAAAACCAUCGUGAUAUAUUUCGAUCAAUGCUAAUGACAGCCUGUGACCUUGGAGCCGUGACCAAACCGUGGGAGAUCUCGAGACAGGUGGCUGAACUUGUAACCAGCGAGUUCUUUGAACAAGGAGAUCGGGAGAGAGCAGAACUGAAACUCACCCCUUCAGCUAUUUUUGAUCGGAACCGGAAGGAUGAGCUGCCUCGAUUGCAACUGGAGUGGAUUGAUAGCAUCUGUAUGCCUUUGUAUCAGGCACUGGUGAAGGUCAAUGUGAAACUGAAGCCGAUGUUGGAUUCCGUGGCCACCAACAGAAGUAAGUGGGAAGAGCUGCACCAGAAAACGCUGCCCGUCUCCUCGACUGCCUCCGCCCGCUCUGCCAAGGUCACGGAGACCAGGGAUGACAGAAACUAA